CCUGCUGACGUCACGGCGGCUCAUUUAUCCGCCCAGGCCGCUGGCUGACUUCCUGCUGAUUCUCCACUCUGUCGCUCAUAGCGGUAAACGCUGCUACUUCGCCACACACCACACUCCCAAGUUCAAGAGCCGGAGAAACAUCGACAUUUUAGGUUGGAGUGGUGUUGAGGUGCUGACGGAACAGGACCGCAGACAUGAUGAUGAACAUCCCAGAAUACUAUGCAGGGAAAAAUGUGCUGAUCACUGGAGCAACAGGCUUCAUGGGCAAGGUGCUGCUGGAGAAGCUGCUGCGGUCAUGCCCAGGAGUCAAAGUUGUCUAUGUGAUGGUCAGGUCAAAAGCUGGCCAGAGCCCCCAGGCCCGCAUCGCUGACAUGAUCAACUGCAAGUUGUUUGAAAGAUUGCAAGAUGAGCAGCCAGGCUUUGCAGGGAAGAUCAUUGCAGUGAACAGUGACCUCACACAGCCAGAGCUGGAUCUGAGUAAAGAGGAUCAGAGCAUCCUAGCUGAAACCAUAAACAUCGUCUUCCACUGUGCGGCCACCAUCCGCUUUAAUGAGCCCCUCAAAGAUGCAAUGCAGCUGAAUGUCUUGGCCACCCAGAAGAUGCUGGCACUGGCCCACAGGAUGAAGCACCUGGAGAUCUUCAUUCACGUCUCCACAGCCUAUGCCAACUGUGACCGAGAGCUCAUUGAAGAAAUCGUCUACCCUCCCCCCGUAGACUACCGCAGACUCAUCAAUACUCUGGACUGGAUGGAUGAUGAUCUGGUGUCUGUGAUGACUCCCAAGCUGAUAGGAGAGCGUCCCAACACCUACACUUACACCAAAGCCUUGGCUGAGUAUAUGGUUCAGCAGGAGGCUGGAGACCUCAAUGUAGCAAUUGUCAGACCCUCAAUUGUUGGAGCCAGCUGGAAAGAGCCCUUCCCAGGUUGGAUUGAUAACUUCAAUGGACCAAGUGGAAUAUUCAUUGCAGCUGGUAAGGGGAUCCUGCGUACGAUGAGAGCAUCUAAUGAUGCUGUGGCUGAUCUGGUACCUGUAGACGUGGUCAUCAACGCCACGCUGGCUGCCGCUUGGUACUCUGGAUCACAAUCAUACAACAGGUUGGCAGGGCCUAAAAACAUCUUGGUGUACAACUGCACAACCGGUGGGAUCAACCCAUUUCACUGGGGGGAAGUUGAGUACUAUAUAAACAUGACCUUCAAGACCAAUCCCUUAGAGCAGGCCUUCAGAAGGCCCAAUGUCAAUCUGCGCGCCAACCCCUUUACUAAUCAGUACUGGACCACUGUCAGCCACACACUGCCAGCCCUGCUCUAUGAUGGCUAUCUCAGGUUGACAGGCCGCAAGCCCCGGAUGAUGAAAACAAUCACUCGUCUCCACAAAGCCAUGAUGGUGCUGGAGUAUUUCACCAGUCACUCCUGGGUGUGGAACACUGACAACGUGACUAUGCUGAUGGCCCAGAUGAGCCCUGAGGAUAAGAAGGUGUUUAAUUUUGAUGUGCGCCAGCUGCACUGGGCAGAGUACAUGGAAAGUUACUGUAUGGGCACCAAAAAAUACGUCCUGAAUGAAGAGCUUUCAGGCUUGCCUGCUGCACGCAAACACCUCAACAAGCUGAGGAACAUCCGCUACACCUUCAACACCAUCCUGGUGGUGCUCAUCUGGCGUGUGUUCAUCGCCAGAUCCCAGAUGGCCAGAAACAUUUGGUACUUUGUGGUGAGCCUCUGCUUCAAAUUCCUCUCCUACUUCAGAGCUUCCUCCACCAUGAGAUAAUGAUCUGGGGACAUGGUGGUGGGUGAUGAGGUGGAGGGAUGAAGAAUUGAAGAAAACACUGGCUUUGGAUGAUGAAAGGAGCUGGAGUUCAAAGCCCUUAAAAUGGUUCUGAUUCUGUUCAUUUCCAGUCGCUCCAGUCACUCUAGCCUAGCUGCCUGGCUGCAUAACAAAGCUAUGCAUUGGAUGAUGCUCUGCUGCAAAAAUCCUCCGCUGGAUUUGAGUCAGUCCAGGCUUCAUUUCUGUACUGUAGGUCUUUUCUGUAUAUGUAGUCUUUCAUUGAAAAAUAACCACUUCAACUGCUGUGUGGGUUAUUUUUUGUUUCCCUGUUUUCUCCCUUUAAGUUUGUAUGUGGUUCUUGGGCCUAUGGGAAAAAAAAAAUUUUCAAAAAUGUAACAUAAGCAGGGUUUUCUCAGGGGUUUAUCUGAAAGCAGAAUUUGCCAGGCAAAACAUAAACUACACUCAUUUUUACACAUUUGGUUGGAGGCAGUUGAAGAAUGAUUCUUUACUAACUCAGUGAAGGCUUGUUCAGGGACAGGCAGGCCUAGGGAUCACUGUUUAAACUCCCUUUCCCUCCCAAUCCCAUUCCCAAGACCAAAGCCAUUUCCACGAAUGUUUAUGACCGUUGCACUGACAGCUUGGUGUAAAGAGAAGGCUGACAUUGCACGGGUUUGGGAUACUGACCCGUCUCAGAAGAGCUGCUGUUGGCCUUCUUUCCCUCUUCCUGCUUGGUAAUGACGCACCCUCAACAAUACUGCACUUCUGUAUGUCCCUAUUGGACUGCAGUUGUUGGGUCCCUAAUUUCACCCAAGCACAAUGUAGAUUGUAAUACGAUGGCUUUAGCCAGUGCAUAAGAUUAUUCUUGCAUCAGCAGGUCUUGCAAAUCAAACGUUUUCUUUUACAGGUUCUUUUUUGUCUUGUCUAAAAGUCAUUUGUGACAAAUUUUAAAGCUAUUUUUUCCAAAAUACCUCUUAGCUAACAGACUCGUAGCUCAGUAGUGGAUGAGUCGGGUGGAGUUGAGAGGAGAAAUAUUGUCACAUUUGUCGUGUUUUGCUAAUGUAUGCUUAGAAUGUACACUUGCAUUACUGUCUAACAUCUUGGUCACAUUCUUUGUUACGGUUACCUGAAAAGUAGGGUACUAACUGUAGCUCACCAUCUUUGUGAGAGGUUUUGUUACUUUAGUCAUUUUCCUCUGUAAAUCUGUGAUAGUUACUUUUAUAGGUCAUUAUUUGUCAUGUUAGUGGUUCAUCUUCAUGUUAGUUGCUUCUGUAAAGGGAUGCAGUUACAGGUAUGCAGGUUUUUUCGUUUGCUCAUGCUGUUACACACUUGGACCUUUCAGUUGCAUUAAUGCCUUCUCGCUAAAAAAUAUAUUUGCCUUUUCAGACAACAAAUGUAGGCUGGUUACCAAACUGGCAACAUAAACUGAAAUUUUUGCAUCAUACAUUUUUGUUUUUAUAGGAAUCACCCCUCAAUGCCAUAUUAAGGUUGGAGUUAACAUACCUGAGGUUUACCUCUGCACUCUGUAGUAUUCUUUUGCCUAUUUCCCAAACACACAAUGUUUGAAGAAGUAGACUGUGACCAUGUGCUGAAAGUUUGGUUGUGCCUGCAUGUGUCUUCUCAGAGUGUCUUAGGCCAUAGCAACUUCAAACACUUAAGUUUGUCCAAUGAAUACCCUGGAGUCAUUAAGGAAUGUGAUUUUCUCUCUCGAAGCAUGAGCCUUUUUACAUAGGAUCAUGUUAUCAGUGGAAGAAUACACACUUUGGAAAAUGUGUGCAAGUGAGAAUUGUGCCUGAACUUUUAUCAAUAUUCUAACAAAGUGAAAAGAGAGCAAUCAAAUCUAUGUUUUCUAAUUAUUUUGUGUAUAGCUCUAUUUGGGUAGACUGCAAAAUAUAUCAAUGUAUUUUUAUGCUAAUGAAAUUGUGUGGCUAUUUUACUGACACAAAGCUUACUGAACCAACUUCAGCUGCUGUAAAUAAAACUUAGAAAAAGUAAAUAUGUAAACAUAAGUGCAGUAUGUUCAGAGCAGAAUUUAACUGUUAAAAGUUGUUUGUUACUGUAUAUGUACAUGCUCCUCUCUCUCUCUCUCUCUCUCUCUCUAAUACAGCCUGACUUACUUGCACAGCCAGAACCUUCCUCUGACUUCUGAAACAACAAAUUAACAAUACUGUAAUUGCCUGUACUUUUAAUAUUAAGCAAGUGUUUGUUCAUUGGAGGGCUGUGCGAUGAAUUCUUGCUGUUAUAACUCCAUUUCCUUUUAGAGUGAGUAGGUCAGUUUUUGUGAUGGUGAAUGGUUGUCGUGUUCUUGUGUAGUGUAGGGGUUCAGGGUUUUUCUUCAAGCUUGUUCUUGUGAUUUGAGAAGUUAGACAGAUGAACAGGUCCUUUUCAUGUUCUCGCUUUUGAUGUCAAGAACUACUGAAUCAUACCAAUGGUUGUUCAUCAAACCGGGCAUUACACAAAAGUAACAAACAUUAAGUCUGCUUUGAACAAAGCCUAAAUAGUCACAUUGAUCCUUUUUAUUCAAAUAAUUUAAAGCACCUGAAAAUGUGGUUUCAAAUCUUAAGUAUUGCUGUAUAACAUAUAUAUAUAUUCAUUGCGAAAUAUGCCACAAUCAGAGUUAAAGGAAUAGCUUGACAUUUUAAAAUAUGAAGCUAUAGCCAGCGGCUGGUUACCUUAGCUUAGCAUAAAGACUGGAAACAAGGGGUAGCAGCUAGCCUGGCCCUGUUCAAAGGCAACAAAAUCCACUUACAAUCACCUCUAAAACUCCCUAAUGAACUUACCUUCUUAGCCAGUAAAUACCUGGAGUCUCCACUGGUUACGUGACAACCGCACAGUGACUAGACUCUGGGAUGUUAAUACGCUAGGCUGAGAAAUAGUCUGUCGCACAAAACCCCGUAACACAGAAAUGUGUUGUAUACACUUGAAUUUUUGCACAGAUUAAAGAUGGAAAUGUGUUUGAGAGCUGAAGUUCUGAUAGCUGGAUUUUGAUACCUUUUGGACAGAGUAAGGCUAGCUGUUUCCCCCUUUUUCCAGUCUUUGUGCUAAGUUGGCUCAAGAUACAUAUUUAGUGCACAGACAUGAGCGGUACCAAUCUUCUUAUCCAACUUUUGGCAAGCUCAUCUCCCAAAAUGUUAAAAUAUUCCUUUUAAAGUUGGUAAAUAAACAGCUUUACAUUACGGAGAGUUUAACACUCAAAAACCAAGCUAAUCUGCUUUAUCAGGACUCUGUAGGUGUGGUUUGAUCGGAUUUUAAUGACACUGGCCUGACCUGUCAUCAGAUUUUGAUUAAAAUGCAGCAAAGUCCUGAUUGGUGGAAAAAAACUAGUUUAUGUAUAUAAUAAUUCUAUUUUUUUUUUCCCCAUCAGGCUUUUUGUAUGACUUUGUAAUAGUUAUUUAAAAAAAAAAAAUACUUUUCUUGCUUAAACCUGUGCUAAUGCACUGUUGUUUUCAUGAAGUAGAAAUGUUACCAGUCUUUUUUUUUUUUUUUUUUUCCCCUGGAUGUUUGAUUUGAUGGCCUGUGUAUUAAUCACUUACAUCAAAAUAGGAGUGGGGGUUUUAUUUAUUUAUUUUUAGUUUUCUAGCUUGUCAUGGCUCAAAGAUUGUUUGCUUCUUUUUACAUUGCUGACAUAUCAUGGGUCCAUAUGCUUAGGCAGAGGUUGUGAUUGUCAGACUGACUGGAGUGUCAAUGUUCUGUGUGUUGCUCAUGUGGUUCUUCAGAUGACGCUUGUUUCAUCACUCCUACUUUGAGCAGCAUAAUGACUACAGGCCACUAUGUUUAGUUUCAGAGGGAGGAAAAGGAAUUCUUGCCAGUCAGUGUCAAUGUGAAACUCUUAAAAACAAUAACUCAACAGUGCCUUUUGUUUGUCAACCAAAAAUAGGGAAUAAAUGGUGUUUAAUCCCC